AGAGGACAGGAGCUCUGGGAGUACUGGGACUCGGAGGACUCAGUGGACUGGACGGACCGGACCGGACCCGGGAAGGCGGAGGACAUGGAUGGACAGAACGGCAGCAACAGCAUCUGCUCCCGGCCGGACGGAAAGAUGAAGAAGAAGAAAAUCCCCGACAGGGUGACUCUGAAGAAGGAGAUCGGACUGCUGAGUGCCUGCACCAUCAUCAUAGGAAACAUCAUCGGCUCUGGGAUCUUUAUUUCUCCUAAAGGCGUCUUGGAGCACUCGGGCUCGGUUGGUUUGGCGUUGGUGGUCUGGGUCCUGGGAGGCUGCAUCGCUGCCCUGGGCUCCCUCUGCUAUGCCGAACUGGGCGUCACCAUCCCCAAAUCUGGGGGAGAUUAUUCUUAUGUUACAGAGAUAUUUGGAGGUCUUAUGGGGUUCCUCCUGUUGUGGAGUGCUGUCCUCAUCAUGUACCCAACCACACUGGCUGUCAUUGCCCUCACUUUCUCCAGUUACGUCCUGCAGCCUGUUUUCCCAAACUGUGUCCCUCCAUACAUGGCAACACGGAUGUUGUCUGCCACUUGUCUCUUGCUGCUGACCUGGGUGAACUGCUCCAGUGUUCGUAUGGCCACCAGGAUCCAGGACGUCUUCACCGUGGGGAAGCUGAUGGCUCUGGGCCUCAUCAUCGUCGUUGGCCUUGUCCAGAUCUUCAAUGGGAACUACGAGGCGCUGACUCCUCAGGUGGCCUUUUCCCUGGACAGGACGCCGUCAGUCGGACAGAUCGCUCUGGCCUUCCUUCAGGCCUCCUUCGCCUUCAGCGGCUGGAACUUCCUCAACUAUGUCACAGAGGAAGUGGUUGAACCUAGACGGAAUCUACCUCGUGCCAUCUAUAUCUCCAUCCCAUUGGUGACCUUUGUGUACACGCUCACCAACAUCGCCUACUUCUCCUCCAUGUCUCCUGAGGAGCUGCUCUCAUCCAAUGCUGUGGCCGUAACGUUUGGAGAGAAGCUCUUGGGGAUGUUCUCCGUCAUCAUGCCAAUCUCUGUGGCUCUGUCCACCUUUGGAGGAAUCAACGGCUACCUGUUCACCUCCUCCAGGUUGUGUUUCUCUGGUGCCAGAGAGGGUCACCUGCCCAGUCUGCUCGCCAUGAUCCACUACAAGAACUGCACACCUAUUCCUGCCCUGCUGGUCUGCUGCACUGCCACCAUUGUAAUUCUUUGCAUUGGAGAAACACACAACCUCAUCAACUACGUCUCCUUCAUCAACUAUCUGUCAUACGGAGUCACCAUCGCAGGUCUUCUGUACUACCGCUGGAAGAAACCCAACCUGUACCGACCCAUUAAGGUGAAUCUUCUGGUUCCUGUGUGUUACCUGCUCUUCUGGGCUUUAUUACUGGGUUUCAGCCUUUACUCAGAGCCGGUGGUUUGUGGUGUGGGUCUUGUCAUCAUGCUCACCGGUGUACCCGUCUACUUCCUGGGUGUCCAUUGGAAAGAAAAACCAAAAUGUAUCUACGAUUUCAUUGAGACGGCGACAUAUGUGGGUCAGAGGUUGUGUUUUGUGGUCUUUCCUCAGAUCGACCCCAUUGAGAUCGCCAGUCCCUCAGAAUGGACUGACAGGUCAUCAGGCAGGAGCAGUCUGUCUGCCAAUUCUUAA